CUUCCUCAUUUGUACUUCAUCAUUUUGCGUGCUCAAGCAAAAUAUGAUUAGGAACCUACUGCACACAAUAAACGAUUGCAAGUCCGCAGUUUGAGCUCUCCAGCCCGGUUCAUUCCCCCUUGUCAAGUCAGGAAGGGGAGUGUACAUCAUAGCAUCGCCAUGGCGCCAGCCUUCUUCUAAGUGGACCGCUCUCUGGAAAUGAUGUCUGUGCCUGCUUGUCUGAGUCACCUGUUCCAUGUGGUAAGGUGAUGCCGUAUGUUCUGGCCCAUGCUGAUUUCAGAGUAUCAGAGAGGGCAGAAGUGGAUGGUGGUGGCAUCGCAAGAGGCCCUGGUGUGAUUGCUCCCCCCACCCCACCGUGUGCUCGGUGCCAUGCCGAGCAGAACCCUUGGCAUCCUUGUUGGACUCAACAGAUACUCAGCACAGGGUUGGUUCUUAAGUCCUGCUUUCCGCCCUUCCCCAGUGAGGAAAUGACCAAGUUCACUCUUGGACACUACUCACGAGCCAUGCUUUAGAUGCGGCAUGGAGAAUAGCGAAGGGCUCUGUGAUGGUGGCAGUUUCGUUUCUGGUGGCCGCCCUCUGCUACUUCCGAAGGCUGCAUUUAUAUUUAGGGCACCGGCUGAAAUGGUGGAUUGGAUAUCUGCAGAGAAAAUUCAAAAGGAACCUCAGUGUGGAGGCGGAAGUUGAUUUGCUCAGUUACUGUGCAAGAGAAUGGAAAGGGGAGGCGCCACGUGCCCAGCUGAUGAGGAAGGCUUAUGAGGAGCUGUUUUGGCGGCGUCAUAUUAAAUGCGUUCGACAAGUAAAGAGAGACAACUACGAUGCACUCAGAUCGGUAUUGUUUCAGAUAUUCAGCCACGGCCUCUCUUUUCCGUCUUGGAUGAAAGAUAAAGACAUUGUUAAGCUUCCUGAAAAACUGCUCUUUUCACAAGGUUGUAAUUGGCUCCAACAGUACAGUUUUGGUCCUGAGAAGUACACAGGCUCAAAUGUGUUUGGAAAAUUACGUAAAUGUGUGGAAUUAUUGAAAACGCAGUGGACUGACUUCAGUGGAAUUAAAGAUUAUCACAAGAGAGGAAGUAUGUGCAACUUCCUUUUCUCUGAUGCCAUCCUGGAAUAUAAACUGUACGAAGCUUUAAAGUUCAUCAUGCUGUAUCAAGUUACCGAAGUUUAUGAACAAAUGAAGAUGAAAAAGGCCAUCCCUAGUCUUUUUAGACUCUUGUUUUCCCGGGAAACAUCAGCUGAUCCUUUGAGCUUCAUGAUGAAUCACCUCAAUUCUGUAGGCGACACAUGUGGACUAGAGCAGAUUGAUAUGUUUAUCCUUGGGUAUGCCCUUGAAGUCAAGAUCAAAGUGCUCAGACUGUUCAAGUUUAACUCCAGGGACUUUGAAGUCUGCUACCCAGAGGAACCGCUCCGGGACUGGCCGGAGAUCUCCCUGCUGACCGAGGACGACCUCCACUACCACAUUCCCGUCUUUUAAGUCUGGCGUGGACUGGGCACCUGCCAAUGACAGCAGUCACGCUGGCAAGUAAAGUGUUUCUGAAAAACCAAAGCUAGUGUCGUAGCCACCGAAGGAGUUAGGACCUUCUCUGGAAUUACAGGUACACUGGAUGCAACAGUGCACACAGGACUUUGCUUUAUUUGUCAGUGAUUUCCUCCAAAGCAGUUGCACUAAUAGAUGUGUGAGGUGGUGGUUUGACCUUGUUCCUGAGGGCUGUGGUCACUUCACACAUGGCGGGCCAUUAAGGGCACAAGACCGUUUCAUUUGGACAAAAACGUUUCAUUUGGACAAGAACUACAACAGAAAAAAUAGAAAAGAAAAUGAGUAGGGAAAAGGACUAACCUAGAAAGAGUGAAUUUCUUUGUCUCUAACUUUUACAUUUUUUAUUUCUUGUCUUUGGUUGAUUUUGGAGCCUCAUAAACUUGGCCUUGUUUUUUACAAGCAUUACCUUCCCAGGAAUUUCUAUGGCAUAUUGAUUUUCUAGAACCACUUGAUUAACUAUAAAAUGAUGUGUGUGUAUAUGUGUGUGUAUAUGUGUAUAUAUAUAUAUAUAUAUAUCUAUAUACACACACUCACACCUACCCAUAUGUAUAGUUUUAUAUAUACAUAUAUACAUAGAUACACACAUAUACACAAAUAACCACUACUUUGUAAUGUUGUACAAUUUGUUUUAUAUCUCUUUACCUUUUUUGUUACUGUAGCAUCUGGCCAGGUUAAUACAUUUUAUGUAGAUAAAAAAGAUAAAUUCUGUAGAUUAAGGCACCUGAAUGACAAUUAUUGAACUGUCAUGAAAAUAUUACACCAUGGUGUAGUUAGAUGUGUAUUUAAUGUGUGGUAGAUAGAACCAUGCCCCUCCUUCCUGCAAAGAUGUUGCAUCCUGACCCCCAAAACCUGUGAAUACGUUGGGUUGAAUGGAAAAGGAGAAGGAUGCAGGUGGAGUUAAGGUACUAAUCCACUGACCUUGAAAUAGGGAGAUAAUUCUGGGUUUAACUGGUAUUCACAAGGGUCCUUAAAAAUGGAAGAGGGGACUGGAAGAGUGUCAGAGUCCGAGGGAAAUGAGAAAUCUGGGAGGACAGUCAGAAGGAGGUGCAACAAGCUGGUGGUGGAGGUGGAGGUAGGAGUCAUGGGCUGAGGAAUGUGAGAGGCCUCUGGGAGCUGCAAAAAGCAAGGGAACAGAUUCUCCCCUAGGGCCUCCAGGAGGGCACUCGGCCCUGCUGGUGCCUGAUAUUAGCCCAGCGAGACCCAUGUUGGACUUCUGACCUCCAGAACUGUAAGAUAAUACAUUUGUGUUGUUUAAGUCGCUAGGUUUGUGGUAAUGUGUUACAGCAACCAUGGACCGCUCAUAUACUCAGGCGAACUACUUAUGGUCAUCUUUAUUUUGGAAAUACUUUUCUGGUUUAUUUUGGUAACCUUUAUUUCAGAGGUACUUUGCUAGUCUGUUGUGAAUUUCAAUAAAUACAAAAUAACUUUUAAAAUCUUGGCUAAUGAUAUACUACUUCAAGAUUGCAAAUCCCUUCUAAGAGUGGCUUCCUGAACGUGAUCGAGCUGACGUUUUCUCACAGUUUCAUAUCGUUCAUACUAUAAAUAAAAAAGGUAUGUCAGAUGCUGUGGUAUGUGAAAAUCACAUGCAACUUUUUUUUUUAAAAGAUUUUUAUUGGGGA